AUGCAUCAACGCAGUUGUAGAAUUAUUCAAGGUCUAGACAGUGAAUUCCGUUCAGACCUAGAGGAACAAAACAAUUCUGACACGGAAAAUAUUCCUGAAAUGGACCAAUCGACAAUCAACGAAACUCCUACGGUUGAAAAGGAAGAUAUUGCGAAUUUAAGAAAAGGUAUUAAACUCCCUAAAAGCAAUUCCGAAUGGUCAACGGCCAACGAACAUUUCAAAUUCGCUCUUAAGUCCAAUGAUCCAAUCACAUCACAAGAUUUAAAUUCCAACAUAAAACUAUUAAAUGACAUCAUAUACGAUUACUUCGCCCAAAACUUUGGUUAUAGCGAAUCAGUGCCUGACAAUUCGCUACUAAAUAAAUAUAAGGACUAUGAAAUCAAGGAUUUGAAAAAAGCUCUGAAAACCCUUAAAUCAACGAAUGGUGAACUAGACGAAAUUAAAUAUGUGUCGCAUAUAUUGCGUGAUAAGCUUCGCUCAAACAAUAACAAUGAGUCAAGUCUAGACAGCAGCCAGUCACUUAACCAUGACAAAUAUAUCAGGAAAAAUUUCUGGGGUUAUGUCAAGAAUAUUCUAAGGAAGAAAGACACUAUAUUACCAUCUUUCAACAUGACGCAAUGCCUAUCCCACUUCACUAAGACCCUUGCUGCAAUUCAUCCAAACAAAUUGUUCAAUAUUCCUAGCUGGAUUCCUGCGUUGUCUGACCCCGAAGUUCAAUUUGACCUUGACCCCCCAUCGUAUCAACAAGUCACGAAUAUAAUACGCAGAACGAAGGCAUCUGGCUCUCCAUGUCCCCUUGAUCAGCUAUCUAUUAUAUGUUUUAAACGCUGUACUUUCCUAAGAACAUAUUUAACUGACCUUAUUCGUGCC